CUUGCAACCUGCAAACCCUGGUGGCCUCCUCCCACCCGGGCAAGGCCCGGGGCCCUGGGCAGCCUCCAGGUGCAGUGCCCCCCCCUCGGGCCGCACCCGUCCAUUGCCCCGGGGCAUGUCUCUACUCACCAAUUAUGAGGGGCUCCGGCAUCAGAUCGAGAGGCUGGUGAGGGAGAAUGAGGAGCUGAAGAAGCUGGUGCGGCUCAUUCGGGAGAAUCACGAGCUCAAGUCGGCCAUCAAGACACAAGCAGGCGGCCUGGGCAUCAGCGGCUUCAGCACCGGCCUGGGCGAGGCGGCGGCCACUCCUUCUCAAUACCAGGGAAACGGUGUCUACCUGCCCCCGUCCCCGGCAGCAGCAAGUGAGCCUGUCCUGGAAGAAGUGGGGAUUAUGGCCCUGGCCAACAUGCUAAACAGCUCGGAGCCGGGCCCCACAGCCGGCCCUCUCAGCGCCCUGCUGCCUCCGCCAGGGCCCAUGCCACAGAGCAACCCGUUCACCAGCAUCCUGACCAGCCCCUGGGGCAACGCCCUGGCCGGCCUCCGGGUGGCACCCCUAGGAGGCACACUGGGCAGUUCCAUGGGCCAGCCCUCCACCGGCCCCCUGACCCCGAGCAGCGCCCUGGCUGGCCUCAGGGUGGCACCCCCAGGAGGCACACUGGGCAGUUCCAUGGGCCAGCCCUCCACCGGCCCCCUGACUCCAGGCAGCACCCUGAUGGCCCCUGUGACAGGCACAGUCGCCGUCUCCCUGAGCAGCCCCCUGCCCACCUCCACAGCUGCCCCUCUAGGUGUUUCUCAGAACCUUCUGGCCAACCCCAUGAGCAAUCUGGUGCUGUCAGAGGCCCCCAGGGCGCAGCUGACAGAGCCGUUCGGAGGAUGCCCCUCUGGACUCCAUCCCUCUGCUGGGGCAGGGCCUGCUGGCGCCACCAAAGUCCCAAUGUCCCCUGAGCACCCGCAGCCGCAGCCGCCCCAGGAUCUGGAGGCCGUCAGAGUGACAUUUGUGGGCGCGCCCAUGCACAGCUCCACCCCUGUCGGGACCACAGGCCCAUCCGGCCCCGUGACAGCCUUCUCCUACAGCACCUCAGACGCCGAGACCCAGCCCAGUGCCCCCCAAGGACAAGCAGUUCCUGCAUCUGCCCCUGUCACCCGGACGGCCGCCCCCACGGACACAGGGCUUGUCCCUGCCCCGCCCCCCGUCCCCCAAGCUACCAAAGACUACACCCCCCCCAGCACCACCCACGUUACCCAGGGCCCACCGCCAUCCCCCAUCCGGACGCAGCACUCCCCCACCCAGCCCCCGCCCACCACCCACUCCCCUCCCCGAAAUCCCCACUCCCCGCCUCGAACCGUGUCCUCCCCGGCUUCAGUGAGUGACCCCCGGGGUCCCCGCGGCAUAGAGACGCCUCGGAAAAGCAUCGUAGACUUGGAGCGGAAGCUGGCCCACCGAAAGAGCAACAAGUUCUCUGACGGCCCCGGAGAGUCGAGGCAGCUGGCCUGGGAGAGGCUGGUGGGGGAGAUCGCCUUCCAACUGGACCGCAGGAUCCUGUCCAGCAUCUUCCCCGAGCGCGUGCGCCUCUAUGGCUUCACCGUCUCCAAUAUCCCAGAGAAGAUCAUCCAGGAAUGACCGGGUUACGGCGGGCUCAUCCGUGUCCAGCUUUGAGGUCGCCUUUUCCUUUGAUCAGUGGGUCCUUUGGUUCAGUUUUUAAUUUUAACGUGGUCAGAAUUAUCUACCUCUCCCUUGUUUGUACUUUUCGUGUCUCCCUUAAACCUAGAGUGGUAGACAGCAACGGGGGAGCUGCCCGGCCCUGCCUCCAUCCCCUCUCUGUCCCCUCUCUGGCCCCACUCCACUUAUCGGGAGCCAGGGCUCUGCCCAGGGGAGCGGGCUGUGGCUGGCACCGAACGCCCGUUGCAUCCCCAAUCCCAGAAGCACUGGCCCCCCAUUCACCUUCCCUCAACAAUGACCAGUGCUGCCAGGGUCAUACCCUUCCACCCAAGCUCCCAAGAAGUGGCCCCCGAAGCCACCUGAACAGACGUCUUUGGGGCCAAACGCCCAUGGCUGGCCCUCUGUAGAGCCCGCUGCAGGUUGGCCAUGUCUGGUGCCACCUGCGGAACACAAAGACGCUCUCAAGGCCACGCAUCCUGCCUGCCUGCCGGGCUGGCCCGGCUGUUGGUUCCUAUAAGCAUCCGAUUCCACUUUGCCCAGACUUUGAUUUCCUUUCCUCAAAACAUCUUGUUUUUCUGCACAUUAAACUCCAGUGUUGGUCA